AACAAGACAAUAAGUGGACAACGUUGAAGCUAAAUUUGUCUUGAACUUUUCUGAUCAUUUUCUUAGACCAAAUUCCCAGAAGUAGAAUUAGGGGCAAAGGGUAUGACCUUUCAACAGGUUACAAUUUAUGAAAUAAAUAAAAAAAAAAUCACCCUUUAAAAAAUGUGGCAAGAGGUUUGUAAAUGAGAAGAACAGUAAGGGCACCUGCUUCAGAGUGUUCUGAGGAUUAAUCUUUGUCCAAUCACUUAGCACCGUGCCUUUUACAUUUUAAGAGCUCAGUAAGUGUUAGUACUUACUUAUUUAUUUCAAAAUAGUGUUCUUACUACGUACGUAGUGUGGUUCUUCAGCCUUUUUGGAAAAUAUUUUGAGACUCGACGAAUUCUUUGAAGCCUCUUCCCAGAGGUUCUCCUCCUCUCCUGCCUCCAACAAAAUGGUACAUGUCAUUCAUCAUAAGUCAUCAGCCACCUAAACUCAGCAUAUGGACCCAAAUUAAGAACUGCUGAUAGAUUCCAUUUUACAAGUGCAUUUUUCCCUUUAUAAGCUGCAAGUAUUUUCCUAUGCUGUGAAAUAUUCUAAAGUAUGAUUUUUUCAUGGCUGUAUAAUAUUCAUUAUUCAUAAUUAUCUAACCCGUCUCCUGUUGUUGACAUUUAGGUUAACAUCCUAUACCUGAAUCUUAGACUAAAUUUUUAAAUGCAGACUUACUCCAAGAAUGUGAAUAUGAGGCUAUUGGUUUUUAUCACCACCUUGCCUUAUGUAAAGUUCUACAAUUCAUACUCCUACCAUUAGCGAUGUAUUAGUUUUCUCUCAUCAUCUUGACCACCAAGUAUUAUUAUAUUAGGUUCAGUGUUUUUGUCUCAUUCUUAAACUAGUUCUUUACCAUUGAUGUUUUCGUGUUAUUGUUAAACCCAUUGUUAAGACUAUAAUUUAGAACUGUGGUCUUAUAGCACUUGAUACUAACCGAGCUAUCUAUAUCCUAGCCUUGUGUCAAAGGCUUGUGAUGUGUGGUGAUAGCUGGGUCCAAGAAGUGCAAUAUUAAAACAAAAGCCUUGAGUCUUUAAGCCCAGUGUGGAAAGUCACACUCUGAGUUAUUGCUCAGUGGCACAACUGGAAAAAAAGAAAAGAGAAAAAUAUAGAAACAUGGUCUUAGAGCAGUGGGCCUCAGUUUUUUCACAGUAGAAUCACUGGUUUGGAGGAGCUUUUAAAUGUCCCUAGGCCUAGACUCAAUCAGAAUCUCUAAGGGUGCCGCCCAGGUAUCAGUAGUUUAAGUUUCUCAGGGGAUUCCAGUGUGGGACAAAAGUUGAGAACCACUGAUUUAGAAUUUAGGGUGUUGUGUUUUGUUUUUCUUCAUAAAACAAAGAAUUAACUCAUGAAAUUUGAAAAGUCAAGGUUAAUUAGUGCCUUAACCUAAGCUCAGUUAGACUGUAAUUUAUAUGAGGAUGAGUUUGUUUUGUUUCACAGUGGAAUUUUUGCUUCAUUUGUCUCAGGUGAUUUCAGAGACUAUGGAUAUACUCUUCAGAAUAAGAGGAGGCCUUGAACUAGCUUUUCAGCUAGCUACUGCUAAUGAAAUUUUUAUCAAGAAAGCACUAAAACAUGUGUUGAGUGACCUGUCAAACAAGCUUUCUUCAAAUGCACUGGUGUUCAGAAUUUGCCACAGUUCAGUGUAUAUGUGGCCCAACAGUGACAGAAACACCGUUCCCAGAGAACUGACUGAUAGUUCUGCUUGUAAGACCAUAAUGCGCUUUAUCCAAUUUGAACAAGAAGAAGAUACAAAACGAAAAUUCAUGAGAAAGAAAGACAAAAAGUUAUCAGACGUGCAUCAAAUAGUAAACAUAGAUCUCAUGCUGGAAAUGUCAACCUCUCUGGCCGCCGUCACCCCCGUCAUUGAAAGAGAAAGCGGAGGACACCACUACGUUACCAUGACUUUACCAGUGGAUGCAGUGUUGUCUGUUGCUCCUGAGGAAGCGUGGGGCAAAGUUCGAAAACUUCUAGUGGAUGCAAUUCAUAAUCAGCUAACUGAUAUGGAAAAGUGCAUUUUGAAAUAUAUGAAAGGAACAUCUAUUGUGGUCCCUGAACCAUUGCACUUUUUAUUACCGGGGCAAAAAAAUCUUGUAACAAUUUCAUAUCCAUCAGGAAUUCCAGAUGGGCAGCUGCAGGCCUAUAGAAAGGAGUUACAUGAUCUCUUCAAUCUGCCUCAUGACAGGCCUUAUUUCAAAAGGUCUAAUGCUUAUCACUUUCCAGAUGAGCCAUACAAAGAUGGUUACAUUAGAAACCCACACACUUAUCUCAGUCCACCCAACAUCGAGACUGGUAUGGUCUACACGGUCCAGGGCAUGUACGGUUAUCACCAUUACAUGCAGGAUCGGAUGGAUGACAACGGCUGGGGCUGCGCCUAUCGAUCUCUGCAGACCAUCUGCUCUUGGUUCAAACACCAAGGAUACACGGAGAGAGCCAUUCCCACACACAGAGAAAUCCAGCAGGCUCUAGUUGAUGCCGGGGACAAACCAGCAACAUUUGUGGGAUCACGGCAGUGGAUUGGCUCCAUCGAGGUACAGCUGGUACUGAACCAACUGAUUGGCAUAACUUCAAAAAUACUGUUUGUCAGCCAGGGCUCAGAAAUGGCCUCGCAGGGACGGGCACUGGCCAAUCACUUCCAGAGUGAAGGGACUCCAGUGAUGAUCGGGGGAGGAGUUUUGGCCCACACAAUACUGGGAGUUGCAUGGAAUGAGAUUACAGGGCAGAUAAAAUUUCUGAUUUUAGAUCCACAUUAUACAGGCGCUGAAGAUCUGCAGGUUAUUUUGGAAAAGGGCUGGUGUGGAUGGAAGGGCCCAGACUUCUGGAACAAGGACGCGUACUAUAACUUAUGUCUUCCUCAGCGGCCAAACGUUAUUUAAAAUAUCGUGGACUCAAAGCCUGUAGUAAAGCUUAUUAUAAAUUUGUUAAUAAAAAAUAAGUUUAAUUCUAA